GGGUCCCGCCUCUUCCCUUUUGUGGACGGCAGCUGCGGCCGGAGCUCCGCCUUCAAUUCUUCCCGCAGGUACCAAGAAGAGAGGAGGCAGAAGAGGAGUGGGGGCGACAGAGGUGGUGGUGGCGGUGGUGUGAGAAAUGGUGUCCGGGUCUCUCUCCAUCUUAUCGUCGUCUUCAUCUCUUCCUUACAGAAACGAAUUUCUUGUUGGCCUUCGCUCCGCCUCCGAUUGUCACUUUUCUCGGUCGAAUACAUGCGUCUCCACCCCUCCCUCCCGUUCAUCUCUCACACUGCCUCUUAGCGUUCGUUGCUCCCUGAAGCAGCGGCGGCAGCAGGACGAUGGUGAUGGCGGUGUGGGGAGAUUCAUGGGGAACAAUUCCAUCGCGGAUUUCAUGAGAUUCAAGAGAAAGAAUGACGGUGACGGGCAGUUGCAGACUGCCGUCGUCAGUUAUCGGAAGAAAUUCCCCUGGUCUUUGGUCGACCCAUUCCUUCGGGUUGACUUGGUGUCUACCAUUCACAUUGCUGACAAGGAGUACUUUGCAACCCUCCAGAAGGAUCUUGAAUCCUAUGAUUGCAUCCUUUAUGAGAUGGUAGCAAGCAGGGAGAGUUUAGAGAACAGGAGAAACAAGAUUACAACCAAAAGGCUCAAAAGUGCACGCUCUAAAGGUUUCAAUAUUCUUGGUUUUAUUCAGCGGCAAAUGGCUCGAGUGCUCUCCCUGGACUUCCAGUUAGAUUGCCUUGAUUAUGAGAGUCGUAACUGGUUUCAUGCAGAUUUAGACUAUGAAACUUUCAAGUCGCUCCAGCUGGAAAGAGGCGAGAGCUUUUUCUCAUUUGCAAGGGACAUGACCCUCCGAUCUGCGAAAGCAGUGUUGCUUCCUUCCUCUGCAGUUGAAGAACUUGGACCUUGGAAAUCCAAGCUUCUGUGGGCCUCUCGAGUGCUGCCCAUGCCAUUAGUAGGCCUCUUCAUCAUUGGAGGCGUCUGUUCACAGUAUGAGAUCCCCUCAUCUGAAUACUCGGAGCUGAAUGCAUUAUCCAGGCUGGAUUUUGGUUCUGCUCUGAAGAUUUUUUUGGCAAAGCGCCUAACUACAGAGUUCACGCAGGUGACUGCAGCUGUAGAAGAGAAGUCUGUCAUUAUUGGCGAAAGAAACAGGGCGGCUUUAGAGGCGUUGCAGAAGACACUUGAUGGUGGUUAUAAACGAAUAGCCAUUUUGUAUGGUGGAGGCCACAUGCCUGACUUGGGCAGGCGAUUGCGGGAAGAUUUCAACAUGGUCCCGUCGAACGUAUCAUGGGUUACUGCCUGGUCUAUAACUAGUGACGAGCAAGAUGGCAAUAUCAAGCAGUCUUUUCCAUUUCUUAAAGCAUUGGCUGAAGUAUCAGGCUGGCCAUUGAACAGGUACCAGACGUUGGCAUUGCUCAUUUUCUCUUCAGUGCUUGCACUUGACCUCUGGUUCUGGGAGAUCUUCUUUGGAUCGGUGGUGCACUGGGCUGCUGAGGCUGCAUCUGAGAUCACCCACAUCGUUGGCCAUUCACACAUUGUUAUAUCGUAGCAACCUGUCAGACGUGAAUUUACAAAUUAAUUUAUACGAUCUCUUCUUGAAAUUCAAGUGAGAGGUAGGCUGAAAGCUUAUGCUCAUGUAAAUAUGUCAUGCUUUGAUUCAUCUUGGCCUUGUCAAGGAAAACAGCCUGAAUAUGGUCAUAUACAAGAUAUAGUUGCUAAACAGGCCGUAUUUUCUUCC